AGGGUUUUAAAAAGACCUUAAUUUAAGCUCUGACAUUAAGGGUUUUGAUUUCUUUUCAGUUGCAUUGAGACCGUGACUGUGAGAGUUUUGAUCUUAAUAAUAAUAAUCAACAUUAUUCUGAUUUAGAAUAUCACAUCUGCGAACGCAACCGCAAUUUAAAAUCAUUAUCAUUAUUAUAUACUUUUUUAAUACCUCAAUAUUAAAGGAUCGUUAAUUCUAUACCUACCCUACUCAUUUUGGGUCACCAUCAUCAUUGUUUCUGUUCUAUUUGGUGUCGAAAGAUAGAAACUUUAUGAAGUAGCUUCACAUGAUCUAAAUAAGAAAAAUCCAGAAUCUAACUCCACAUGGUGAAAUGUUCUUCUUCAUUCCUUGCUUUUGAUGACAUCAUAUGGUUACACUCUCUCUCAUUUAUUCAUCACACCGACUCAAUAUUCUUCUGCUGAAUCAGUUUUUUAGUUAUGGCUACAUCUUGGUUGAAUUGGAAUUGGAAUUGGAAUACCCUUUUGAGUAAGAUCCUUGAAUUGCCUGUUUUGGAACUUGUGGCAAUAUUUACUAAUUUGGUUCUUCUUGUUUUGUUUCUAUUGAGGGAGGUUUUUAUUUGUGUUGGUGGAAGAGUUUGGUUUUUUAAGGAUAAUAAUAAUGUUGUUGUUGGAAAUGGUGGUUUGAUUCGUGUCGAUGGAGAAACGGUUGAGGUUAGAAUUGGGACAUGGUUUAAGUUAUCUGUGCUGUCUUGUUUUUAUGUUUUGUUGGUGCAAGUUUUGGUUUUGGGAUUUGAGGGUGUUGUUUUGAUUAAGGACAAGUUUGUGGUUGUGGAAGAUUUGUCUCUUCUUUGUGUGCCUUUUGUGCAAAGUUUGGUUUGGAUUGUGUUGUGUUUCGCUGCUUUGCAUUGCAAGUACAAGGUAUCUCAGAAGUUUCCAAUUUUGCUGAGAGUUUCUUGGUUUGUGCUGUUUGUUGUUUGUUUGUGUGGUUUAUAUGUUGAUGGGAGAGGGUUUUGGGUGGAAGGUUCCAAACAUAUGCGUUCUCAUGUUUUGGCAAAUUUCGCUGUUACCCCUGCUCUUGCCUUCUUGUGUUUUGUAGCAAUUAGGGGUGUUUCUGGUAUACAAGUUUGUAGGAACUCUGAGAAUCAACAGCCAUUACUUCUUGAUGAAGAGGAAGAUGAAGAACCAGGGUGCCUUAAGGUUACUCCUUAUAGUGAUGCUGGACUUUUUAGUUUGGCCACUUUGUCUUGGCUUAACUCGAUUCUUUCCAUUGGUGCAAAGAGACCACUUGAGCUUAAGGACAUUCCCCUUGUUGCGCCUAAAGAUCGAGCUAAAGCAAAUUUUAAGGUUUUGAAUUCAAAUUGGGAGAAAAUGAAGGCUGAAAACACGUCGACUCAGCCUUCAUUAGCUUGGACACUUCUGAAGUCAUUCUGGAAGGAGGCAGCUAUUAAUGCCAUUUUUGCUGGUGUCACUACUCUUGUCUCAUAUGUAGGUCCAUACAUGAUAAGUUACUUUGUUGAUUACUUGAGUGGUAUAGAGACUUACCCUCAUGAGGGGUAUGUCCUUGCCGGAAUAUUCUUUGUUGCAAAGCUUGUGGAGACCUUCACAACGAGGCAAUGGUAUCUAGGAGUGGACAUUUUGGGGAUGCAUGUUAGGUCCGCUUUAACAGCCAUGGUAUAUCAAAAGGGGCUUAGGUUGUCGAGCUUAGCUAGGCAAAGUCACACAAGUGGUGAGAUUGUUAACUACAUGGCUAUUGAUGUUCAGAGGGUAGGGGACUACUCUUGGUAUCUUCAUGACAUGUGGAUGCUUCCUCUGCAGAUUAUUCUAGCCCUCGCAAUUUUGUAUAAGAAUGUUGGAAUUGCUUCCAUUGCAACACUUGUUGCCACAAUCAUUUCUAUUGUAGUCACUAUUCCCGUGGCUCGGGUCCAAGAAGAUUAUCAAGACAAAUUAAUGGCUGCUAAGGAUGAAAGAAUGAGAAAAACAUCUGAGUGCCUAAGGAACAUGAGGAUUCUCAAGCUUCAGGCUUGGGAGGACAGAUAUCGAAUAAGAUUAGAGGAAAUGCGUGGGGUAGAGUUCAAGUGGCUUAGGAAAGCCCUAUAUUCUCAGGCUUUCAUAACUUUCAUGUUCUGGAGCUCACCUAUAUUUGUUUCAGCUGUCACUUUCGCUACUUGCAUAUUGUUGGGUGGUAAGCUAACUGCAGGAGGUGUACUUUCUGCUCUAGCGACUUUCAGGAUCCUCCAAGAACCGUUGAGGAAUUUUCCAGACUUGGUAUCUACAAUGGCUCAGACAAAAGUUUCUGUCGAUCGUUUAUCUUGUUUCCUACUCGAGGAAGAAUUGCAGGAAGAUGCAACUAUUGUCUUGCCACAAGGAAUUUCUAACAUUGCCAUAGAAAUUAAGGAUAGUGAAUUCUCUUGGGACCUUUCAUCUGCCAGGCCUACUCUUUCUGAGAUAAAUAUGAAAGUUGAAAAAGGGAUGCGUGUCGCUGUUUGCGGUACGGUUGGUUCAGGGAAAUCAAGUUUUCUUUCUUGCAUCCUUGGAGAAAUUCCUAAGCUUUCUGGUGAAGUCAGUGUGUGUGGUUCUUCUGCAUACGUCUCCCAAUCAGCAUGGAUACAAUCAGGAACUAUAGAAGAAAAUAUACUCUUUGGAAGCCCAAAGGACAAAGCAAAGUACAAGAAUGUUAUUCAUGCUUGUUCACUGAAAAAGGAUCUAGAACUUUUCUCACAUGGAGAUCAGACAAUUAUUGGUGAUAGAGGUAUAAACCUAAGUGGGGGUCAGAAGCAGCGGGUACAGCUUGCCCGAGCACUCUACCAAGAUGCUGAUAUUUAUCUUCUUGAUGAUCCCUUCAGCGCAGUUGACGCACACACUGGAUCAGAGUUGUUUAGGGAGUAUAUAUUGACGGCACUAGCAAAUAAAACAGUCAUUUUCGUGACCCAUCAAGUUGAAUUUCUUCCUGCUACUGAUUUGAUACUGGUUCUCAAGGAAGGUUGCAUCAUACAAGCCGGAAAGUAUGAUGAUCUUUUACAAGCAGGAACAGAUUUUAAAGCUCUAGUUUCAGCUCACCAUGAAGCCAUAGAGGCUAUGGAUAUUCCUGCUCACUCCUCUGAAGAUUCAGACGAAAAUUUAACAUUGGAGGCAUCUGUUAUGACCACUAAGAAGUCCAUGUGUUCUGCUAACGAUAUCGACAGUUUGACAAAGGAAAUGCAAGAGGGACCAUCAUCUUCAGAUCAAAAAACAACUAAGGAGAAGAAAAAAGCAAAAAGGUCGAGAAAAAAACAGCUCGUUCAAGAAGAGGAGAGGGUUAGAGGUAGAGUAAGCAUGAAGGUGUAUCUUUCAUACAUGGCAGCGGCAUAUAAAGGUUUAUUGAUUCCACUCAUAAUCAUAGCACAAGCGUUAUUUCAGUUCCUUCAGAUUGCUAGUAACUGGUGGAUGGCGUGGGCUAACCCUCAAACAGAAGGAGAUGAGCCCAAAGUAACUCCCAUGGUUCUUCUUCUUGUUUACAUGGCCCUUGCUUUUGGCAGUUCUUGGUUUAUAUUUGUAAGGGCUGUUCUAGUCGCUACAUUUGGUCUCGCAGCUGCACAGAAGCUAUUCUUGAAGAUGCUUAGAUGUGUUUUCCAUGCACCGAUGUAUUUCUUUGACUCUACACCAGCUGGAAGGAUCUUGAACCGGGUUUCAGUUGAUCAAAGUGUUGUGGAUCUUGACAUCCCUUUUAGACUUGGUGGGUUUGCUGCAACAACAAUACAGCUUAUUGGUAUUGUUGGCGUAAUGACAGAAGUGACAUGGCAAGUUUUACUCUUAGUCAUCCCAAUGGCCAUUGCUUGUUUGUGGAUGCAGAAAUACUACAUGGCUUCAUCGAGGGAACUGGUCCGAAUUGUAAGCAUCCAGAAAUCACCAAUUAUAAAUCUUUUUGGUGAAUCAAUUGCUGGAGCAUCCACCAUCAGGGGUUUCGGACAAGAAAAAAGGUUCAUGAAGCGAAACCUCUAUCUUCUUGAUUGUUUUGCACGACCUUUCUUCUGCAGUCUUGCUGCUAUUGAGUGGCUCUGCCUGCGUAUGGAGUUAUUGUCCACCUUUGUGUUUGCUUUCUGCAUGGUAUUACUUGUUAGCUUUCCCCAUGGAACUAUUGACCCAAGCAUGGCUGGACUUGCUGUGACAUAUGGUCUGAACUUAAAUGCGCGCUUAUCCCGUUGGAUACUUAGCUUUUGCAAACUUGAAAAUAAAAUUAUAUCUAUUGAGAGAAUUUAUCAGUACAGUCAAAUUCCUAGUGAAGCACCGGCAGUGAUUGAAGAUUCUCGCCCUCCAUCUUUAUGGCCUGAAAAUGGCACAAUUGAAAUAAUUGAUUUGCAGGUCCGUUACAAAGAAAAUCUUCCUUUUGUGCUUCAUGGAGUAUCAUGCACAUUUCCUGGUGGAAAAAAUAUAGGGAUAGUUGGACGAACCGGCAGUGGCAAAUCUACUUUGAUUCAAGCAUUGUUUCGAUUGAUUGAACCAUCAGGUGGAAGUAUCCACAUAGACAACAUCAAUAUUUCAGAGAUUGGUCUUCAUGACCUCCGAAGCCAUCUCAGUAUCAUACCACAGGAUCCAACCUUAUUUGAAGGGACCAUUCGAGGCAAUCUUGAUCCUCUUGAGGAGCACUCAGAUAAAGAUAUUUGGGAGGCGCUAGAUAAGUCUCAACUUGGAGAUAUCAUUCGUGAGAAAGGACAAAAGCUUGAUACACCAGUUAUAGAGAAUGGAGACAAUUGGAGUGUAGGACAGAGGCAACUUGUUUCUCUUGGCCGAGCUCUACUGAAGCAGUCAAAAAUACUUGUACUUGAUGAAGCAACAGCAUCCGUCGAUGCUGCCACUGAUAAUCUUAUCCAGAAGAUCAUUCGAACAGAGUUCAAAGAGUGCACUGUGGUCACCAUUGCGCAUCGUAUUCCUACUGUCAUUGACAGCGAUCAAGUUCUGGUGCUCAGUGAUGGUCGAGUUGCUGAGUUUGACACCCCUUUACGACUAUUAGAGGACAAAUCAUCCAUGUUUCUAAAGUUGGUGACUGAGUACUCCUCGCGGACAAGUGGUAUACCAGAAUUUUAGAUCAGAUAAAAGGUCUAGAAACCUUUAAAGUUAGUAGUGGGUGCUGGCCAGAGCUUGAAAACAGUUCAGAAGUCGAAACAGUAAGUGAUGCCUCCCUUGCAUGCUAUAUUGAUGCAUUUGGCGCAUGCGUAGACCAAAAUAGAAAAGGAAUAAAAAGAAGCGAAAGAGAAUCAAGUACUCUAGUGGAAGAAAACUAGUUUGAUUUUUCCCUUUGAACAGAUUCGAGGAAUUCGUGCAUGGUUAGCAUGCUUUGUAACACAAUAAGACGAUCUGUGAUUACAGGAAAGCAAGUAUAGGCGUCUGAAUUGGUUUCAAUGAUGUGCAAUAAAGUAGUUUGUAGAAUGAGGAACUAGAAUUUUGCUAGUUAGAAAAAUAUAGAGUUUAAACUUUUCUGUGUAUUCCAUAACUUGUAGAGAAUGUUCAGAAUUAAUUAAUUUCAACCUUAGAUUUCCCUCA